GCUAUUCGCAAAACCAAAAUUUGAUACAACGAGGACCCGCAGUCAUGACAAGUCGCAAGCGCAACGAAUUUCUGGACCAUGGACUGAGUGACGAGGAAGAGGAUGCUGGCUACAACUCUGAGGAGCAGGAAGAGAGCCGUGGCGCACGAUCGAUCAAACGACGACGAGUCGACCAGGACUCCGACGACGACUCACAAGACGACUUUGACGAGGAUGAUGAGGAGACUCUCGACAAGACCAGCGCGAUCGCUAUGAAGCCCGCACCCAGCGUCACAAAAGGUCGCUUCGAAAUAGACGACGAGGACGCCGACGACUUCAUCCCAGAAGACGACGAAGAUGAUGCGGAGCUCGAAGAUGCAACCGAAGUAACCACCACAUCAACAAACAAGAAAGAGAAACCCGUCAAACCCCUGACCCAAAAACAACUGCUCAAAGCCCAAAAAGCAGCGAAAAAGACUGGCGUAAUCUACAUCUCCCGCAUCCCACCGUUCAUGAAGCCAGCAACUCUGAAACACUACCUCACCCCCUACGGAGAAAUCGGCCGCGUCUUCCUCACCCCCGAAGACGCCGUAGCACAAAAGCAGCGCGUCCGCAACGGAGGAAACAAGAAAAAGUCCUUUGUCGACGGCUGGGUCGAAUUCAUUAACAAGAAAGAAGCCAAAAUCGCCGCAGAAACACUAAACGGCAACAUCAUCGGUGGUAAAAAGGGAAAUUUCUAUCAUGAUGACAUGUGGAAUAUGAAGUACCUUACGGGCUUUAAAUGGAGUCAUUUGACCGAGCAGAUUGCGAAUGAGAAUGCGGAGAGGGCGGCGAGAUUGAGGGCGGAGGUUGCGAGGACGAGGAGGGAGAAUAAGUCGUUUGUGGAGGAUGUGGAGAGGAGUAAGAUGUUGGAAGGUAUGCGGGCCAAGAAGGCUGCUCAGGCUGAUAGAGCGGGUGCUGGUGGUCAAUAUUCUGCUGGUGCUGCUGCAAAGCCUGCUGGUGGUGUGAGGGAGUUGCGAAGGGACUUCAAGCAAAACGAGGUCAAGAGCAAGAGGAUCAUGGACUCGACAAAGUCGGGGCAGACGGAAGAUGUUCAAAGAGUGUUGAGUAAGAUCUUCUAGUUUGUUGUGCUUGUAUAGCAAUACAUUAACAGGGACUGUUGUCCAGCAAUGGCAAGAUUGACUCUGAUGUCGGAUUUUGAGUCAUUGCUUUGGGAGAACUGUCCUAGCUCGGAGAGAGAGUGCACGUUGCUUUGUGUUGAAUGAACCAAAACUGAAGUUCUGUGGAUGGCCAUGAAUUGAGUCUAGUCAACACAAGUCCGAUCAUCAAACGCAUAGAC